CAUUCAAAAUGAAUGUAAACAUGAUAUUCUAAACAUGUUUCUACAAAAAAUUCUAGAUCUUGUUUAUGCUAAUAUCUUGGGUACGAUUGGCUGAUCCUAACCUAAUUGAGUUUCCACUGGGUAGAAUAAUUUCAACCUAUACCUCCAAGAAGAACUUGAUAUAAAUAGUUCAAAGUCAAUGCUUCCAACUAACAAACCAUGGAAAGAUCAAAUUAAGAUAAAAGAAUCCAGCAUUACACCGCCUCUAUAUGAAUAGUCCACCUAAGAGACCUAGUAGGGCAAAAUGGUCAUUUCACAAUUGGGUUUGUUUAGGAAAGAGGAGAUCAAAAAGAUGAAUAAAGGAAAAGCUUAUUGCUUUUUUGUUAUAAGAAAAAGGGCUUUUAAUCCUGAACUUAUCCACCAAGGGAACAGAGGGAGACAGCACAGCUUGAGACAGAGAGAGGGAGAGAAGUGUAUUGCUGAAGUUAUAGAAGAGAGGCAACAACAAAAACAGAAGACAGCCUUCCUAGAAGAAAUUGGGGAAAGAGAAGUAACUUAAAAGUUUCUCUUUCCUUCGCAUUUCCAUGGCUUAAAAGUGCUCCCUAAGCUCAUUUUCCUCAUUUCCUAUAUAACCACCAUUCCUCCAUUCUCGCCUUCCAAACACAAGAACAAGAAGAUUCCAAUCCAAAAACUCAACAUUAACCUACCACUUCAAAAGAAAAUUUCCAAUCCAACCUAUUACCCAUUUUUAUUUCGAUUUUGAUUUUGAUCUUGAUCUUGAUCCAGUAAGAUGGAUCGCGGGCAAGAUGUAGAAGGAAGCGGAAGUGUUCAUUUACAAAUUGAUGAACUUGGCAAUGGAGGUCCAACAAUUUUUGAACCGCAAAGCAGUAUGGAAACAAGAGAUAGUAGCAAUGCUAAUCCUGUUUCUCCAUCAGAAACCCAAACCCAAGUCCGCGCCCCAGAGCAGAAGCUGACUCUCUUCGCCCUCCGCCUCGCGGUGCUUGAGAAAGCGGCAACAGGCCUAGGAACACUAGGCUUUAUUUGGGCAACAGUAGUCCUACUUGGCGGUUUCGCCAUUACCCUUGAUGAGACAGACUUCUGGGUCAUCACCAUAAUUCUGUUAAUCGAGGGGACUCGGAUUUUCAGCAGAAGCCAUGAGCUUGAAUGGCAACAUCAAGCUACAUGGUCAAUUGCUGAUGUUGGAAUCAGUAGUUUCCGAUUGAUAAGAUCAAGCUCACACUUCAUAAUUAAAACUAUAAAAGCAAUCUUCAAACCCAUUGACUUGGUUCGGAAGCAAAGCCAAAGGGGCCGAGAAGUUAAUCAGAGUACUCACCUGGGAAGCCACAAAAACUGUGUUCAGAAAAAGAUGCCGACUCGAACAUGGUUGGCUUCAGAUGUUCCUCUGUUGCCAUAUGCCCAAUGGGUUUUCUCAGCAAAACAUGUCAGCAGGCUUCUGUAUUGGCUCCAGAUUGCUUCUGCGUUAACCUGCACAGGUUUAUCAUUAAUGAAGCUCAUUAGACAUAACUAUGGCGAAAUAGCAAAAGGAGAUACCGAUAAGCGGAAUCGCGGGUCUGCUCUGAAUAUUUUUUACGCCUUGGCAUUGGCAGAAGCUUUGCUGUUUUUAUUGGAGAAAGCUUACUGGGAAUGGAAUGUGAUUUACUAUAAAGUGUUGGAUGAGGUGAACAGAGAGUGUGAAUUGGGGGCUUCGGGUAUGGUUUCGAUUAAACGAUUCUUCUACGAUUCGUAUUCGAGGUGUGUUAAUGGAAGCAUUUUUGACGGCCUAAAGAUGGAUAUGGUUUCGUUCGCUAUUGAUCUCUUGGAUUCAAAUUCGCCGGAUGAACAGCUAAUCGGAGUUAGGAUUUUACACAAAUUCUCAAUGAAUCAGCGGUUUUCGGAUGAUACACUGCAAAAGAUUGGAAUAACGUUUCCGGUGAUGGAACGGUUAGUUGAGAUGUUGAAUUGGAAAGAUCCACAAGAAGAAGAGAUCAGGAAAUCAGCGGCAGAGAUAUUGACGAAGCUAGCAGGCAAAAAACAGAACUCUCUACGGGUUGCUGGAAUACCUGGUGCGAUGGAAUCAAUAUCGUCUCUGCUCCAGAGCCAAAGGACUCAUAGUAUAGCUGAUGAAAUCUCUGCGAAGAGAGUCGUCCACGACCAUGAAAAUUACAGUUUCUCGACAUUCAAUCAUUUGGGACUUCUCAUUCUAAAGAAACUUGCUCGAGACCAUGAUAAUUGCGGAAAGAUGGGGAACACGAGAGGACUCUUACCGAAAAUAAUAGAUUUUACUCACGCAGAAGAGAGGUUAUUGAAGGACGAAACUACUACAGAGUCUCAGAUCUUGACGGUGAGACGAUCUCUUCAAGUGCUGAAGAUGCUUGCUAGAACAACAGGCACCAACGGUAAGCAGCUCAGAAGAGAGAUUUCGGAGGUUGUUUUCACAAUUAGCAACAUCAGAGAUAUACUACGGUAUGGUGAGAAACACCCAAUGCUGCAACAACUAGGGAUAGAGAUUUUAACCAGUCUGGCAAUGGAAGAGGACGCAACAACGAGGAUCGGGAGCACAGGCGGAGUCGUCAAAGAAUUGUUCAACAUUUUCUUCAAAAUGGAGAUGCCUGAAAAUCAGAAUCAUGUAAGAAUUGCAGCUGGAGAAGCGCUAGCAAUGCUGGCAUUAGAAAGCAAGGUUAAUUGUCAUCAGAUAUUGAAAUUGAAGAAAAUUGAAAAGCUCAUUGAAGCAUUGGAAGUUCCAUUGCUACGCAUCAAUGCAGCACGAAUCUUAACAAAUUUGUGCACCUACGUUGGAGCAGACUGUUUCAUGAAGUUAAAGGGGGUCACUGCUGCAGCACCCACGGUGCUUAAAGCAAUAAUUUCAGAAGAAAGCAAAUUGCAAGAAGUGAUGAUCGGACUAGCAGCACAUGUUUUCAAAUAUAUGACUACUGAAGAAUCGAGCAUUGUGUUCGAGAGAGCUGGAAUUCAAGUGGCUGAAUUAGCUAGUGUACUAGUCCAGAUUCUGGAGAAACACAAGUAUCCAGCAACCAAGACUCCGAGAAUUAGGAGGUUUGUCAUAGAGUUGGUGAUUUGGAUGAUGAGAGAUGAGGAAACAAAUGUUCAAAUUUUCAAGGGUCUGGGAAUGGAGAAGGAGCUGGAGUCAGUAACAGAUACCACAUCAGAGCUUGAAAACUUCAAUGUUUUCUCUGGUACCGUUGGAUUGAGCCGGCACAUCACACCAAUUCACUCGCUAGUCGAAACUGCGAUGAAGUUACUGGAAGAUAAAUAAUUUAUGGUAAUUCAGAACAGAUUUUUCAAAUACAAUAUAUCACGUUGGCAUGUCAGAAAAAAUGCAAUAAUUUUGUAAAUAUGGAUGCAUGAAGAUUAUAGGAAUUCUUUUUUUAUAAUGUAAAAAGUACCAGAAGUUCUAUUAUCUCAAUAAUCAAGCUAUUUCUAUUGAGAAUGUCAGUUGCAGGUUACAUUUAUAAAACAAUCUCCAUAUUAGAUUGCUAAUAA